AUAUCAAUCCUGCCGAUAUUGAAAGUCUGACUAUUUUAAAAGGAGCGAGUGCUUCUGCUUUAUAUGGUUCGGAUGCUGGAAGUGGGGUAGUUGUAAUUACCACUAAAAAAGGAACAAAAGGUAAAGGUCUUGGAAUUGAUUUUAAUUACCAGGGAUCAGUUGAUCAGGUUGCUUUUCUGCCAAAUUUCCAAAAUGUAUACGGCCCGGGUUAUGACAGGGCAACUAACUUAGCCAAUGUCGGCCGUGAAGAUGGCUGGAAUGUAGAUGCGGAUUCACCAACAGGAUUAAGACCAUAUUUCAGAGCUUAUGCAAACUUUGGCCCUAAAAUGGAAGGUCAGCAGGUAAAAUGGUGGGAUGGUUCGAUCCGUUCUUAUUCUCCGCAACCUGAUAAUUACAAAGAUGUUUAUCAAACAGGUUAUACCUCAAACGCAAACGUGGCUAUCUCUAACCAAAGCGAAGCUAUCAAUUACCGUUUCUCAGCAUCACGCCUGGAUUAUAAAGGUACACAGCCAGGGAACACAGGGUCAAAGAACUCUUUCAACUUAAACUCUACGAUUAAACUUGCGCCAAAACUUUCCGCAGAUGUAAUUGUGAGUUAUGUAAAUACCAUCACAAAAAACAGACCUUAUCAAUUAGGUCAGGUUUUAGGCUCAUUCAGUGGUUUCUUCAGCCGUGCUGAAGAUAUGAACCUGAUGAAAGAAAAAUUCCAGACAAGUGACGGGUAUAAAUAUGCGCAGUUCAACCAACUGGAUCGCCCGGAGCCAUUCAUUUACAAUAUCAGAGCGACUAAUUUACUGGAUUUCUACUGGCAGCAAUUGAAAAACGAGUACGUUGAAAAUGAAAACAGGUUACUAUCAAGUUUUACUUUAAACUAUGACAUCGCUAAAAACCUGAAAUUCAGAGGACGUAUUGGUAAUGACUAUACGGGUGCAAGAACAGAAAACCGUCAAUUUACUGAAGUUCCAAUCGCAUUAAAUGGAAAUACCAGUACUGGUGGAUACACAACUACGCAAGGACAGUAUGCAGUUUUAUACGGGGACGCUUUAUUAACUUACUCCAACAAAAUUGGUAAAGACCUGAAUCUGUCAGUAAGUGGAGGUUACCAGGGUAGAAAUGAAACUUAUAAAGAUCAGCAAUCAAAUACGAAAGAUGGACUGGUUUCAAGAAACUGGUUUGCGAUAAGUAACUCAUUCAGUGUUCCUGAAACUUCUGACACGAGGAAACAACAAUCUAAAUACGCUUACCUUGGAAUCUUAAAUUUAAGCUAUAAAGAUUUCUUGUUCUUAGAAGGAACUGCGCGUCAGGAAUAUGCAUCUACAUUGCCUCCGCAGAAUAACAAAUAUUCUUACUAUUCAUUGAAUGGUGGUUUUGUUUUCAGUGAUGUUGUUAAACUACCAAGCUUCUGGAAUUAUGGUAAAUUAAGAGCUUCUUAUGGUGUGGUUGGUAAUGCGCCACCGUUAUAUGAAUCAAAUAUUGUUUAUACACAAACUUCUCUUCAGACUAUAAACGGUUCAGUUCCGUCCUUAGUAACUGCUAAUGCUUAUGGUAAUAAUACUUUAAUGCCAGAAAAGAAACACGAAGCUGAAUUUGGUCUGGAAACCCGCUUUUUAGAAGGACGUCUUGGUUUAGACGUGAGUUACUAUAACAACCGUGUUAAAAACCAGAUUGUACCACUACAAGUAAGCUCAACCGCUGGUGCAACCAGUCAGAUUGUAAACGUGGGUGAGAUUGGGAGUAAAGGAUUCGAGGUUGCUUUAAAUGCAACACCUGUUAAAGCUGGUAAAUUCCGUUGGGACACACGUUUAAAUUUCUCCUCUAAUAAAUCGCGUGUGAUUUCAUUAAUGGAAGGCAUGUCAGAGUUGAAUUUCUAUUCUUCAGAUCAGGCAACUGCUAAAAUUGUAGCUAAAGCCGGAGAAGAAUUAGGUAAUAUCUAUGUACGCCCAAGAGCAACAGAUUCCAAAGGCAAUUAUAUCAUCAAUGCUGAUGGUUUGUAUGUGAUGGAUAACAGUACUUAUGUUAAAGCAGGGAACAUUAUGCCGAAAGUUGUUGGUGGUUUUUCUAACACCUUCAGCUAUGGUAACUUCUCUUUAGAUUUUACUAUAGAUGGCCGUUUCGGCGGAAAGAUGCUGGCUCCAAAUCUUAAGUAUAUGCGCGGAGCAGGUAUGCUGGAAAACUCUAUGGAAUUCAGAGAUGCUGAACACGGUGGAAUUGCUUACACCAGUAAUGGUAAAACGUAUAACGAUGGUGUCCUAUUACAAGGUGUAAACCAGACUACAGGCUUACCAAAUACCAAAGUUAUUUCUGCUGCUGAUUAUUACAUCAACACUUAUAAUUGGGGAGAAGGUUCCUUAACAGACGCAGAAAUUUUUGAUAACAGUUUUAUCAAAAUGAGAGAAGUGGUAUUAAGCUACAAAUUGCCAGCUUCAUUUACCAGUAAACUUAAAAUCACCAACCUGAGAGUUUCAUUGAUUGGCCGUAAUUUAUUCUAUAUCUGGCGUACCCUGAAAGAUUUGGAUCCUGAGGCGCCACUAGGAAAUAAAUGGUGGUCACAAGGAGUAGAUGUGGGUUCAACAGCUGCAUCAAGAAAUUAUGGUUUUUCUAUAAGCGCGAAUUUCUAAUCGCAUUAAUCCCGAUACAGAUGAAACCAUCAUUUGCAGCAAAACAGAAACCUAAAUGAACUGAAUUGAGUAGCAGAUGAUAGCUUCAUAACCGAUAAAAAUAAAUUCAGACAGAUGAAAAAAUUAAUUAUAAAUAUAAGCUUUGUUUUAGUUGCAGCGACGUCAUUAGUGAGUUGCAAAAAAGCAAUUGAAGAAAAAUUCUAUAACCCGGAGAAAGCGAAGGAUGCUAGUGUUUCCGGCCUUUUUACAGCGAUGUUAAACAAUGACAGAGUUGCAGCGAAAUAUUGGAAUGUGCGUACUUUUUUAUGUCAGAUGCCUGGCGUAUAUGCACAAACCUCUUAUUUCCCGAAUUCAAAUUCAGUUUAUCAGCAAAAUGAUGGUUAUUCUCAAAACUAUUGGGAUGAUUUUUAUGCUACAGGUGGUAAUGGUAGCGGAAGUAUGGCGCAAUACCGUUCUAUGGAAGUCAAAUUCAAAACACUUUCGGACACGGAAAAAGCGACUCAGGCUAUAAUUAUGCAGGCUGCAAAGGUUGUAUUGAUAGAGCAGGCAGCAAAAAUGGUAGAUUUAUGGGGAGAUAUUCCUUAUAGUGAAACAGGGAGUCUGGAAACAAGCAGUACCAUUGUAAAUCCUAAAUUUGAUGAGCAAAAAGCGUUAUAUACCAGCUUCAUCGCUGAUCUGGCAACUGCUGGUGCUUACUUCAAAGCAAAUCCGACCAAUAAGGAUUUUUCUAAAGCAGAUAUUUUGCUAAAAGGUGAUGUUAAUCUAUGGGCACGUUAUGCAAAUUCUUUACGCUUAAGAUUACUGAUGCGUAUUUCAAAAGUUGAUGAAGGAACAGCCAGAACAGCAGUAUUGGAUAUGUUGAAUAAUCCAGCUGCUUUUCCAUUGAUCGAUGGUGGAAAUAAUCCUUCUUACACCCCAGGUUUAUCAGAUGUUUUAUUACAACCUUUAACCAAUAGCACCAGUGAUUUGAGUGCCGCUUUUAUGGAAGGCAGCUGGUAUGCUACUGAUUACAUGUUAAAUACGGUGAUGUUGCCAGCUAAUGACCCACGUAUUCCGGUUAUUUAUGAUAAAUACGGCAGAACAGUGAAUGGUAAGUUUGUACCCAAUGCAACUUAUAAAGCGAUGCCGGUUACAAUGAUUGCAUCAGAUCAGGAAACUAAAUUUGCGGAUUAUUCAGUACUUGACUCUGCAACUUUCCUAUUCAAUCAAAAAUUACCAGGUAUUGUGAUCACUGCUUCUGAAGUGAAUCUUUUGAAAGCAGAAGCUUUUGAAAGAUGGGGUAGUUCAGCCAGUGCGCAAACUGCGUAUGGAAAUGCCUUAAGACAAUCUGUUACCUUUUAUUAUUACCUGAAUAACUUAAACCAGGGUGGUGGAUAUGUGAAUGUUCCGGUUCCUGACGCUGCUGCUAUAGAUACCUGGGUGAAUACAUCUUCAGCUGCUUAUACAGGUACUUCUGCAAAUAAACUUGCUAAUAUCUAUACCCAGAAAUGGGCGCAUUUAGGGGUACUUCAAUCUGCAGAAGCCUGGUCUGAAUACAGAAGAACUGGUUUUCCUGUUUUGACUUUCCCUGCGGAUGGUAAACUGUCUGGUUUUGAUACUCCUCCAAACAGGUUAAUCUAUCCAGGUAAAGAAAAGAUUCUGAAUGCGGCAAAUUAUCAGGCUGUUCAAGCUAAGGAUACGCGUAAAACCAAGAUCUUCUGGCAACCGUAAGCUAUAGCAUUUUUAAUUAAUAUCUUGUCCCGGUUAGUUGUUUUAGCCGGGACAUUUUUAUAUUCAGAAGAUAAAUCAGUUCAACAAAUCCGAUCCUAAUGAAGAAACAAAUUAUAAUUGCAGCGCUGCUGAUUUGUGUUGCUGGCAAAUUAGCAGCACAGGAAAAUGGUGUUCAUCAGCAAUCAACCGUUUAUGAAGCGCCAACCGAUCCGCUGGUUAAAAAGAAACUUGACAAAUGGCAGGAUCAGAAAUUUGGGAUGAUAAUUCACUGGGGAUUAUAUGCUGUACCUGGUAUCAUAGAAUCCUGGACGCUUUGUUCAGAAGACUGGAUAGAACGUGACAGUACGAAGACUUAUGACGAUUAUAAAAAGUGGUACUGGGGAUUGAGUAAAGCUUUUAACCCGGUACACUUUAAUCCGGAACAAUGGGCAAAAGCGGGUAAAAGUGCAGGGAUGAAGUAUCUUGUUUUUACUACCAAACAUCAUGAUGGUUUCGCCAUGUUUGAUACAAAGGAGUCUGAUUUUAGUAUUGCUAAAGGCCCUUUUGCAAAAAAUCCGAAAGCAGAUGUGGCCAAAUACGUAUUUAAUUCUUUUAGAAAAGAAGGCUUCAUGAUCGGUGCUUAUUUUUCUAAGCCCGACUGGCAUUCUGAAUAUUAUUGGUGGUCUAAAUACGCCACGCCCAACCGGAAUAACAACUAUGAUAUUCAGAAAAAUCCAUGGAGAUGGAACAAGUUUAAAGGUUUUGCCUAUAAUCAGCUGGAAGAAUUGAUGACCCGCUAUGGCGGUAUUGAUAUUUUAUGGCUUGAUGGCGGCUGGGUCAGACCUUUAGAAACUGUGAAUGAAGAAGUACGCUCCUGGGGGGCAGAUAUUCCAAAAUGGAGCCAGGAUAUUGAUAUGCCUAAAAUAGCCCGCAUGGCCAGAAAAGCACAACCUGGUAUUUUAAUGGUAGACAGGACCGUUCAUGGACCUUAUGAGAACUAUCAGACACCAGAACAAAAAAUUCCUGAUCGUCAACUGGACCAUCCCUGGGAAAGCUGCAUGA